AUAAAAAUAUGUAUCGGCUCGAAACAACAAUGAUCUUGGUCUGUUGUCCUCCUCCAAUGGCGUCCUCUUCUCUUGUCCGAAUCGCUGUUGUCGGAGAUGUCCAUGGCUUCUGGGAUCUAGAUGAAGAUCGAAAGGCUCUUCGCCUACUGCAGCCGCAUUUGGUGCUCUUCACUGGUGAUUUUGGUGAGGAGAACGUCCCGCUCGUGCAAAGCGUUGCAGCUCUUCCUCUCCCUAAAGCAGUUAUAUUGGGCAAUCAUGAUGCCUGGCACACCCAUGACUUAUUAAGGAGACAAAACCGUGUUCAAAUGCAACUCGAUAUCCUUGGUGAUGAGCACGUAGGAUAUCAACGCGUGGACUUCCCCUCAUUUAAGCUCAGCAUUGUCGGUGGUCGGCCCUUUUCACAUGGAGGAGAUCGAUUGUUUCGGAAAAAGCUGCUUGUCCAGAGAUAUGGAGUUCAUGAUAUGGAUGCAAGUGCUGGAAGUAUUUGUCGAGCAGCACAUGGCACACCGGAAGAUCACGUGGUUAUAAUUCUUGCGCAUAACGGGCCAACAGGUCUUGGUUCUCAAGCAGAGGAUAUAUGUGGAAGAGACUGGGGGGACGAAGGCGGUGACCAUGGUGAUCCAGAUCUAGAGCAGGCAAUACGCCAGUUGAAGGAGACAACAAAGUUGUCUGUUCCUUUAGUUGUGUUUGGACACAUGCAUAAAGAGCUGCAAUCGGGGAAAGGAAAUCGAGAAAUGGUUGUGCAAGACAGUGACAACCAGACCGUUUAUGUGAAUGGUGCAAUAGUUCCGAGGGUUAAAGAGGAAAACUGUCAGGGAAACUACUCUCGGAGACGAAUUGGGGAAAAUGAAAUACCGGUUAGAGCAGCAGAGUUUGAGAGUAGUGGCACGGUCAGAGCUUUUACAUUGGUGGAGAUUUUAGAUGGAAAAAUCAUAAAAGUAGCUGAAAGUUGGGUACAAGUAAUCGGAAGCAUGGCCAAGAUUGUGGAGGAAAUAACAUUGUUCGAGGAUGUAACUUGAUUAUGCAUGUGAUUAUAUAGUAUUUUCUAUAAUAUGUUAUAGAUUUGAAAAUAUUUUCUAAUUGCAUUAUAUAUGUGACAACUUAACCUAAAUAAACAACAAGUUGUUGUUUUGCACUUGUGUUCAAGUGUUUAAUGUCUGAACUAUGA